CCACUGACGACGCGUCCCGACCAGCGCCAAUUGACUCCACGCCGCCCGGCAGUCGCCGUCACGCUCCGCAGCUAGCAGCAGCUUUCGCCGUCGCUGUCGCUCACGACGGCCGGGGCCCCUCUCAGUCUGACCCGUUCCACGAUCUCCAUCCCCAGGCCCCAGCUCUCCACACCGCAAAACGCAGAGCUUAUAAGUUAUAACGCUCGCACGCACACACCGGGGACUGACUGACUGCCGGAGAUGGCGACGACGGCGGCGGCGCAGGAGGCGGCCGAGGCCGCGGUGGGCGCCGUCGGGUGCGGCUACGACCUCACCGACGACCUCCGCCUCUUCCGCGCCAAGCCGGGCGGCCGGCUCCUCGACUUUGCCGCCGCCGCGCGUGACCUCGUCCUGCCCGGCGGCGCCGUCGUCCCGGCCGUCCCCGCCGCCAUCGUCACCGACAAGGGCGAGCGCUCCCGCUUCCGCUCCGACGUCCUCUCCUUCUCCCAGAUGGUGGAGCAGGUGAACCAGUCGCUGGGGGUUCCGGGGAAGAUCCCGUCGGGCCCCUUCAACGCCAUGUUCGACUACCGGGGCUGCUGGCACCAGGACGCGGCCACCACGAAGACGCUCUGCUUCGACGGCCGGUCCGUCGAGCUCUACGCCGUCGAGGCCCCGCGCGCGGGGCUGGCGCUCGCCCCCGCCGUCGCUCGCCACGUGCCGCCGUCCUGGGACCCGCGGGCGCUCGCGGCCUUCGUCGAGAACUACGGCACCCACGUCGUCGUCGGCGUCAAGAUGGGCGGCAAGGACCUCGUCUGCGUCAAGCAGCUCAGGGGUUCGCCACUCGCGCAGAGCGACGUGCAGGCCCGGCUCAAGAAGAUUGCCGAUGGCGUCUUCUCCGGAGACGACGGGCGGAAGCUUGGCGCCGCGGCCGGGAAGAGGAAUAAUGGCGGGUCUUCAAGGGGCGUCCUCCCUGGCCCUGCCGGCUCCGCUGCUGCCUGGCGCAAUUUCAGGUCGCCGGUCAUCUUCAACAAGGAUGACAUUGUUGGUGUCCAUAUCAGACGAGGCGGCGUGGACGAGGGGCAAGGCCACGACGAGUGGCUGCCGACGGUGGCCGGCGCGCCGGACGUCAUCUCCAUGGCCUUCGUGCCCAUCACCUCCCUCCUCACCGGCGUCCCUGGCCGCGGAUUCCUCAACCACGCCAUCAAUCUCUACCUCAGAUACAAGCCGCCGAUGGAGGAGUUCCAGCAGUUCCUGGAGUUCCAGGUGCCGCGGCAAUGGGCGCCGGAGUUCGGCGAGCUCCCGCUCACCCUCGGCCCCCAGAGAAGCAGCAACAAGAAGAAUCACAAGAACAGGCUGCCGUGUCUCCAGUUCAGCCUGAUGGGGCCCAAGCUCCGGGUCAACACUGCCAGGGUUGACUCCGGGGGCCGGCCGGUGACCGGCAUCCGGCUGUUCCUGGAGGGCAAGAAGAACAGCCGCCUCGGGGUCCACCUGCAGCACCUGUCAGUGAGCCCAACCGCCAUCGCCGUUGCCACCGACGCCGCCGUCUCCGUGUCGGACGCCGGCGUCAACAACAACGAGCGCGCCUACUUCGAGCCGGUGCGGUCGCCGCUGCUCACGCACGCGUGCACGGCGCCGGUGCAGCACGGCGGCGCGCGCGUCGGUGACGACUGCGCUGCCGCCGUGGUCACCGCGGCCUGGCUGGAGGUGCGCGAGGCGUGCCUCAAGAAGGUGCUCUUCCUGCGGCUGGGCUUCUCGGGCGUCCCGGCCACGAGGAUCCGGCGGUCCGAGUGGGAUGGGCCGCUCGUCAAGGCCCAGAAGUCGGGGUCGAUCUCGGCCUUGUUCAGCUCGCGGCUGUCUGCUGCUGCCGCUACGGAGCUGCUGCCGGUGGAGGGGAAGGUGGAGGUGAACUCUGCCGUGUUCCCCAAGGGCCCGCCGGUGCCGCUGCCCGUGCAGAGGAUGGCUAAAUAUGUUGAUACCACGGAGGUGACCAGGGGCCCUGAUGAUUUGCCCGGGUACUGGGUGGUCACCGGCGCCAAGCUCUGCGUGGAAGGCGGCAAGGUCGCGCUCAAGGCCAAGUACUCGCUGCUCAUCUCGGUGCGAGAGGAAGAGGACGUUUGGGUUUGAGCCCUGUCCCGCCAUUCGCCGCCUCUGUCUGCUCUUCAGCUGUGGAUAUGUUGUACAGAGUGUGUGCACUCGAUGUAUUCUUGUAAAUUAGAAAUUACACACAAUAGAUCGGCUAGAGCUGUGGGUCUCAGAAAAGAACAGAUAGAACUGUAGAAAAGUAGAAAUUACACACAAUAAACGUAUGCAGUACAAGUCAUCUA